AUGACAGACUAUACUCCUGGAACACUUUCUAGCUCUAUUAUCGGCAACUCUGUCGACACAACUCUCAAUGACCUCUUUCAAAAGAGUGCUGGUCCAAGUCAAUUGCUUACAAAACCAGCAGCAGUUUAUGUCAGAACACCCAAAGGCAUUAAUGCAACCAAACAAGCAAAGGCCAAGUCAAAGACUCAAAAUGCUCAGGCAUUAGCAAAGAAGGCUGUCGAAGCUGCAAACAAGGCUCGUUCCCUGGCUGCCAUGUCACCCCUCAAGAGAAAGAGAAACGAGUCUAUCCAACCUGGAACAGUUGCUAAAAAGAGCGCCACUGACAAGAAUUUGGCUCCUGAAACACCAGAAGAAAAGAGAGCAAAGGAUGCUCGCACUGUAUUUGUUGGAAACGUACCUGUAGAAUGCAUUGAAAAGGCUGGUUCCAAGGAACUCAAGGCAAAGUUUGCUGAAUGUGGAAACGUCGAGUCAAUUCGCUUUAGAUCAGUGGCAUUUGCUGAACCCAUGGCACGUAAGGCAGCCUUUAUUACCAAGAGAGUGCACGAAGACCGUGAGGCUGUCAACGCAUAUGUAGUUUAUAAGACAAAGGAAGAAGCCACAAAGGCAUUGGAUCUGAACGGUACCGUGUUUAUGGGCAAGCAUUUGCGUGUUGAUCGUGCUUCCAACAUGAAGCAACAUGACCGUAAGCGUUCUGUAUUCUUGGGAUCGCUUCCUUUUGAUUGCCAAGAAGAGGAGUUAUGGACCUUUUUCAAGGAUUGUGGUGAAGUAGAGAGUGUACGAAUUAUUAGAGACACAAAGACCAACGUUGGCAAGGGGUUUGGCUACGUUCAAUUCACAGAUCGUGCAUCUGUAGAGGCUGCAUUGUCUUUAGAAGACAAAACAUUUAGAUCCAACCACACUAUCCGUAUCCAGCGUUGCAAGGUAUCGGCAUCUGAGGGUGGUGUUCCUUCUGCACCAAGAAAGGCUGCUUCUGCACGAGGCACCAGAAGCAACGGCAGACCCCAGAGAGGCAACAAGAUCACAGGUAUUUCUGGAAAGCUGAUACCUUCUGGAAAGCUUCACGAGGGUACACGUGCCAGUAAGAACGACAGUCAAAAGUUGAAGAUGAAGAAGAAGAACCCAACUGCAAAGAAGUCAAACAACAAAAAGGCCAAAAAAUAA